AUGUCAGAACCUAAACAGAGUAUCAACGUUGGGUAUAUGAUAGACAAAGGCAAGAAUCAGUUGAAACUCUCAGAGAAUGGGUGCUCCAAGAAGCAGAGUUUCAAACUAUUGCAGCUGAGACCAUUCGUGGUGUCUGUGAUAAAUAUCCUAAUAGGCAUGGACAAUGCAGAUCUUCAUUAUUCCUACUCAGAUGUAGGCGGAAAUCCAGGUGAACCUCUAGCAAGGUUAACUCCUCUAGGCUGGACCUGUAUUGGAAAUAUUGCAGGGACAGGCUCUGACAUUCAGUCUCACUUUACCAGUACUUUCUUUUCUGGUUCCAAUGCUGAUAACCAAGAGCUAAAUAUGUUGUUGCAAAAGUUUUGGGAAAUUGAGCGAUUCCAGUCGAAAGAAAAUGAAAAUAUGAGCCCUGAAGACAAAAAUGUGCACAAUAGGGUGAAAGAUACAUUGGUGUAUGAGGAUGGUCACUAUCAAAUUGGCAUACCAUGGAAGAAAGAGGUACAUGCUUUACCAUCUGAUAACUAUCAGAUGGCUCUCAGUCGUCUUGAGAGCACAGAAAAGAAAUUAGCAAAGGAUGAGACAAUAGCUCAAGCAUAUGAUGAUAUCAUCUCACAGUAUCACAAAAAAGGGUAUAUAAGAAAAGUAUCUCCCGAAGAAAAGACACAUACUGGAAAGUGGUAUCUGCCACAUUUUCCGGUUGUACGUUUAGAUCGUCUCACAACAAAAGUGAGGAUUGUAUUUGAUGCUUCGGCCAAGUACAAGGGUAUUUCUCUUAAUGAAGUUAUCCAUCAGGGCCCAAAGCUACAGAGGGAACUUUUUGAUGUCUUGUUGAGAUUUAGACGCAAUCCAGUUGCAGUGAUGAGCGAUAUAGCAGAGAUGUACCUUCAGGUCAAAUUAUCUCCAGAUGAUAGGCCCUAUCAUAGGUUCCUUUGGAGAUCCAUGAAACGAGAUGAGCAGGCCAUAGAGUAUGAGUUCAGUAGAGUUGUAUUUGGGGUGAAUGCAUCUCCUUUUUUAGCUCAGUUUGUGAGUCAGGAAAAUGCCAAUAAACAUCAGGGUGAUCUUCCGUUAGCUGCAGAAACUGUGAAAAAAGCUACAUAUAUGGAUGAUAGCAUGGACUCUGUGGAGGAUGAGAAAACAGCCAUUGAGUUGUACAGACAGUUGAUCGAGCUUUGGAAUAGAGCUGGAAUGCGUCCUCGGAAGUGGCUUUCAAAUUCUCACGAGGUUCUCAGUCAGAUACCUGUUGAAGAACGACUAUCAGAAGUCAAGUUAGACAGUGGUUACUUACCCUCGACAAAGACACUCGGCCUCAUGUGGGCAGCUGAAAGAGAUGUCUUUACAUUCACUUCCAACUUACCUGAAAUGAACAACACAAUCUCAAAAAGAAUCUUCCUUCGUCAAAUAGCAAAACUGUUUGAUCCUCUAGGAUUUCUUGCACCCUUCACUGUAAGGGCAAAGAUCAUCUUACAAGAAAUGUGGACAGUAGGGUUAGACUGGGACGAGGAACUAGACAAUGAUCUGAAAGAGAAAGCAUAUCAGUGGCUUAUGGAACGGGAAGAUUUAAUACACAUUCAGGUUCCAAGAUGUUUGAGUUGUGGUAACAAGGUGAAAGAAACUAGACUACACAGCUUUGUAGAUGCAUCUGAAAAUGCCUAUGGUGCCAUUGUGUAUGCUGUGAAUACUUACCAGAAUAAUGAAAUCUCCAGUGUAAUCAUUGCUGCGAAAGGACGAGUAGCACCACUGAAAGCUAUUAGCAUUCCACGCAUGGAAUUAAUGGCUGCUGUGACUGGACUCAGAUUAGUUGUUGCAAUAGCAAAGGUUUUGGACGUGUUGAUUGACACGGUUACAUUUUGGACAGACAGUUCAAAUGCUUUGGGAUGGAUAAAGAACCAUAGCCGAACAUUCAAACCAUUUGUAGCAAAUAGAGUUAGUGAAGUUCAAGAACUGACAAAUCCGUGUCAAUGGCGCUAUGUGCCAACAGACCAAAAUCCAGCAGAUAUGUUGACUAGAGGAAUAGCUGCAUCAAAGUUGAUUGACAAUCAGAUGUGGUGGUCAGGACCCCUUUUCCUGGCUAGAGAUGAAAGUGAAUGGCCCAGAAAUCUGUCUGAAAGAGAAGACAGAAGGAAAUGUUUACCAGAAACUAAAACUCUGAAGGAAAACAAGAUAAUUACCAUGUUAGUGAACGACUCGUCCUGUGAAGAGUGGAGACUCAAAGCUACACGAUACUCAGAUUGGAGAAGACUGACAAGAAUCCAAGCAUGGGUAUACAGAUUCUUGAACAACUGUGUUGAGGGGGGCCUCAAAAGGAUUCAUGGAGAACUGACUGCAGAAGAAAUUGAAACAGCACAGUUCAAGAUAAUAGCACAGAUGCAGAGAGAAGAAUUUCCAGAUGAAUAUUCCUGCCUUGAAAAGGGAAAACCGUUACCAUCUAAUAGCAAGCUAUUAGGACUACAACCGAAGCUGGAUGAAGAUGGAGUGAUGAGAUCUGAUGGACGAUUGGCUUAUGCUGAGCACCUUUCUCAAGAUUCAAGGUUUCCGAUCAUCUUGCCGCGAAGAAACUGGAUCACAAGAUUGAUUGUGAAGUCUUACCAUGAGGAAGGACGUCAUAUUACAGGAACCAAUCAGACAUUAGCAGCACUUUCUGCAAGAUUUUGGAUCCUUUCUGGCAGAGAGGAAAUUAGAGCCUGGGAGCGACAAUGUUCACAAUGUCGUAAGCAGAAGGCGAAAGUAGCACACCAGAUCAUGGCUCCUCUUCCAAGCAUGAGACUCAAACCUUCUCUCCGUGCUUUCACACAAGCAGGACUCGACUUCGCUGGACCUUUUCUGACAGUACAGGGAAGAGGAAAAGCAAGAAUGAAGCGCUAUCUAUGCCUCUUCACGUGCCUUGCGUCGAGGGCUGUACAUCUGGAGAUCGCAUAUGGCCUGGACACGAAUUCCUUUCUCAAUGCAUUUUAUCGCAUGGCCAGUCGCAGAGGACUCCCUGAGGACAUCGUGUGUGACAAUGGAACAAACUUCGUUGGGGCUGAGAAAGAGCUCAAAGAACUCGUUGAAUGUCUGGACAGUGAUGCUGUGAAAGGAACAUUAGCAAAUCGUGGAACAAAAUGGAAGUUUAACCCUCCAUAUGCACCUCACUUCGGAGGUGCGUUUGAGACAAUGGUCAAAGCGGCCAAAAAAGCAAUCUUCGCUAUUCUGGGAAACAGUGAUGUAACAGAUGAAGAACUCAUGACAGCGUUCAUUGGAGCAGAAGCCUUGAUGAAUUCCCGCCCAUUGACCUAUCAGACAGCACAUCCACAGGAUGAUGUACCUCUGACGCCGAAUCACUUUCUUCACGGACAGGCAGGAGGCGCCUUUGCUCCGGAAUCGGUGGAUACAACGACCUUCAACCCAAGGAAACGAUGGAGAAGGAUACAGGAGCUUAUACGGCACUUCUGGAGCAGGUGGAUGAAGGAGUGGAUACCCAGUCUUAACAGAAGGAGGAAGUGGCUCACUCGUCGACAGGAUAUCAACGUGAAUGACAUCGUGCUGGUGAUAUCGCCUAACACACCACGUGGACACUGGCCUAUGGGACGAAUUAUCAAGACUCACCCUGGGAAGGAUGGUUUUACAAGAGUGGUGGACAUACAGACUGGAAAAACAGUUUUGACCAGGCCAGUGACGAAAUUUCAGCUGCAGUUAACCCAAGCUGAACAGAAGUCGACCGCAGAUGAAUUAAGAGCGGUCAAAUCUGAGCUCAGGAUGGCAGAGGACACAAUUCAUAACAUGACAAUUCAGAUGCAAGAUGUGCUGGCUGAACAGAACGCUACUUUGACAGACUACAGAUCUACCUCGGAAGAACCUACUGAUGAAAAGAUAAAACGGGCGACGACAGAAUCAUCUCUGGAUACUCUUCAGAGACACGUAAAUAACCUGCAAAUGGAACAUAAUAAAACAAUCAACGACCUUGAUGCUCUGAAGUCUCAACUUUGGGCAAGCCACGACAGCCAGGUAAGGCUAGAAACUGAGUUCAGCAUUCUCCACACAGACCUGAAGAGUGUAGAAGGCGAUCUAGCUGUAGCCAAAUAUUUGAGUUCACAACAAACAACGAAUAUAGACAACAUUCACACAGAUUUGCGAAACCUUCAAACAGACAUGGCUAAUGUAAAGAGUGUCAAUUUGGAUUCCCUGUUGUCCAAAGUCAACACGUCUAAACUGAAUGCAAUAUCUGCCGACGUGAAGACAACUGCAAACAAAGUUGCUAUCCUUGAAUUGAAUCUUCACAGGGCUAACAACGACGUUCUGGUAAUGAAUUCAGAUCUUUGGAAAUUAGCUUCAAAUGUGACAGAAUUUCAAUUCAAUGUGUCUUCAGAAGUUAGUAGGAUCAAGACUUCUCUCCUGGGAGAUGGAAACCGUGAAACAUUACAACAGGAGAUCUACCUGAAGCUCAACUCUACUUCGGAUGCGUUGGGAAACAUGAAACAUGCAGUGGUGUCCUUGGAGACUGAACUGGUCUCAUCAAGAUAUGGUAUAAAUGGCCUUAAUCAAACACUUCAGUCUCUCGUGCACAGCGUAUCAAACAUGACAG